AUGUAAACAAAGAAUCUCAUGAAUUCGAGGGCCGGGAGGUACUAGGCUAUAGGUACCUAUUCGUCUUAUUGACCGGUUGCUGGACGGGCUCGUUAUCUAUUUGGGUAUAGGCUGUCCUUUUCUUUGCCGUAUCGAAUAUUUUUGUGACGGCCGCUGCGCGUUGAGGGCGCCACUAUAUUCUAGUCAUAGCGUCUCGUUACGCGACGUUGCCAACUGUAUUGACUUUACGGAGACAAAACGUUACGUGCUUUAAGUGAUCAAGGUACAUAAAGCCGGCUUUUCGUCGUUAUAAACAUUGCGAAUCUCGUGUUAUAUCAAACUUUAAAGUUGUGUGAUAAUUGAUAAACAUGUACCUGGUAAAAUUAUUGUGAGUCUUUGUUAUAAAAUUAUCGGAAUAGUAGAAUAAAACCAGUGGUUUUCAAUAAUCAAGUGGGGUUUGUGUUCAGUGUUAGUGUUAUUGUACAAGUUUAAGUGUCAAUAUGGAUUGAGAGUUAUUCAAACAAAAUAAUCAUUAAUUUGGAGGAUAAAGAAACUGGUUAGCAAAAAGCGGGGAUCUUGAUAUGGGGGAUCGGGGAGCGACGGGGGGCGCUUGGGGUGCGCGCGACGAUGCCUCGUGGUGGUCAGGAGGCGCAGGUGAAAUACAGCACCAACAACAGAUUAAUGAAGACAUAGCAAGAAGUACUGCAGCUGCUACUCACCAAUUAUACACAUACAAAAUGACUGGAGGCUUUUCAAACACAAGCGGAGACAAUUCCACACCUAAUUUUGAUUAUCGAUUAAUAAAUAAUUCAAGUACACGAGAUGAAUCGCCACAACAAACAUGGUGGUACGCUGCAGGAUCAGUUGAAAAUCAACAGACCUCAUCACCUACGUCUCAAAAUCAAUCAACAUCUGAUUCUGAACAAAAUAACCAACAAGCAAAUGGUAUUCAACAAAGCCAUCAAGUAUUACAACAACAGCAGCAGCAAGCUCAAAAAGAUCAGCAAAGUCAAAUGCAACAAAAUCAGUUACAACAACAAUUAGAACAACACCAGAACUUACAGCAAGCUAUUCAGCAGGCUCAAAAUUUACAACAAUCAUUGCAUCAGAACCAGCAACAGACAUUGCAACAAAUGUUGCAACAACAACAAUUGCAACAGCUCCAACAACAGCAGCAACAACAACAACAGCAGCAGCAGCAACAACAACCACAACAGCAGAUAAAAAUUGAACAAACCAACAAUCAACAGAACAUAAUACAAGUGACACAAGCUCAAGCUCAGGCUCUGGUUGCACAAGCUGCAUUGCAACAGCAAGUAGUCCAAACAUUGCAACAACAACAGCAAAGCUUACAAGAACAUUUACAGGCUGUCCAACAACAACAAAUUCAAGCUGCUUUGCAAAGGCAGUCGGCGACACUGCAGGAAUUGCAGCAACAAGCACAACAACAGGCGUUGAUCUCACAAAACACACCUAAAACCAGAAUGCCAAGGUCAAAACCACCAAACAAGCCAAGGGGCAGAAUGACAGCAUAUGCUUUCUUUGUACAGUCAUGCCGUGAGGAACAUAAGAAAAAGUAUCCUGAUGAAAAUGUUGUAUUUGCUGCAUUCUCAAAGAAAUGUGCUGAAAGGUGGAGUACAAUGUCAGAGAAAGAGAAAAUGAGGUUCCACGAAAUGGCGGACCAAGACAAGAAGAGAUACGACUUAGAGAUGAAGGACUACGUACCGCCUAAGUUUACGAAAGUUCGCGGACGCAAGCGGCAACAACCGAAGGAUCCAAACGCACCGAAGCGAUCGCUAUCUGCUUUCUUCUGGUUCUGCAACGAUGAAAGAUCAAAGGUCAAGGCAAACAAUCCAGAAUACACGAUGGGUGACAUCGCAAAGGAGUUGGGCCGUCGAUGGGCGGCGGCCGACUCCGAUACUAAGACGAAGUAUGAAUCCUUAAGCGAGACGGACAAGGCCAGAUAUGAUAGGGAAAUGACAGCAUACAAGAAGGGUUCACUGGUGAUGGGUAUUCAGCCGCAGCAGAUUAUGAUCGAACCGGAAGAUGAAGAGGUGGAGUUCAAUGGUGAUGAUGAGUACAAGUGAAUUCAAAAUACAUUCAAAAUUCAAUUUAGCGAUGAGCCUAUGGCGUUUUGGGUUGAAAUUGCAGGAUAAAAAUUGCGCAGAUUAUUAUACAGUGUAAACAUAGAACACCUUUAUAACUUCAAAUAGGGUUUUGACUCAGCGAAAUCCAAUUAAAUAUAAAAAAUGAAAUAUGGAUGCUCUGUGGAAAAUUCGAGGGUUUGCGUUGAAUAAGAAUAAUAACAUAGUUUCCAGAACUUAGGAAACUAGAUUAACAUUAGCUGACUUUAACGUUCAAAUCACCAAAUGGAAACGCAAAUGGAAUUUUCUUUCAAUGUGCGGAAAAAUAUCUGUGUCUACGUAACUGAAACCUUUUUUUGUGCCAUGCCCCAACUUAGCCUUUCUAAAAUUCUUAUGUACUACACGCAUAAGAUAAUUAGGCACCUCGCUGUAAUGAUGUCAUAGUGUACUAACUGUAUACCAAAUUAAAGUAACACUCGCGAUAGCAGGUAUCUAUUGAUUAUUAAUAUCAACUUUUAUCAAUUAAGGGGGUCAAAUGUUGAUAUGUUUUUUUAAACGGUUUUAUUUAGCUCACCCCGUUUGUUUUAUUUAUUAUUCUUGGGUCAACGAUUAAUAUGAAAUUUUGUAUACACUUUGGAUUUUGGUGACAAUACAAUUAUGUUUAUUCAUUAUCAUUAUAAAUUCAAGAUGGCCGCCGCUACAAAAUGGCGGAUAAUUUAUGUUUUAUUAAUGCCUGAAGAAUAUGAGGCCAGGUUAACAAAACAACGGAAGCGAUAUACACCGAUGGUAGCGUCAGAAACGCCUGAAGAAUAUGAAGUUAGAUUAAUACAAAGCCGUGAAAGACAAAUGCAGCAGUUGGGUUCAGAUACGCCUGAACAUCGCGAUACGAGGUUAAAUAAACAAGGAGAGCGUACCCAGCAAUGCAGAGCUAAUAAUCUGCAGGCAUUCGAGAAUGCUAGCAAGAAACCUUGCAAUAAUAAAGCACUAAAUGAAUUAAACAGAAUGCGAAAUAAAAACUAAAAACUAGAAAAU